UUUAGUUUCUGUCAUUCGAGAUUUUUCUAGAGUUUCUAACUUUCUAACCUAAUUUUCUCGUAGACAAUACGUUUGUUCUUGAUCUUGUUCUUUUCCUGCUUUUGACAAUAAACAAAGCUACUUUGUCUCAAAUAUUUUCAAAUCUUUGCAUUUUUGGUGAAUUUUAAUUACUCAAAGUUUUCUAUUCUUAGAGUGAAGAGACAAACAAUCCAAUUAAAAUGUCGUAUAUGUUGGGACAUUUACACAACGGCUGGCAGGUGGAUCAAGCUAUUUUAUCUGAAGAAGAUCGUGUUGUGGUUAUCAGAUUUGGUCACGAUUGGGAUCCUACAUGUAUGAAAAUGGAUGAAGUGCUGUACAGUAUCGCAGAAAAAGUAAAGAAUUUUGCGGUCAUCUAUCUAGUUGACAUAACAAAAGUACCUGAUUUCAAUAAAAUGUACGAAUUGUACGACCCCUGCACUGUGAUGUUCUUUUUCCGUAACAAACACAUCAUGAUUGAUUUGGGAACUGGUAACAACAACAAAAUCAACUGGGCAUUGGAGGACAAACAGGAGAUGAUCGACAUCAUUGAAACCGUCUACAGGGGGGCCAGGAAAGGACGUGGUCUUGUUGUGUCGCCCAAAGACUAUUCCACCAAAUACAGAUAUUAAGUGACUAUGAACUUGACUAUCAAUGUGUUAUCAUUAUUGUAAGUAAAAGGUGUUUCAAUUUUAUAUUUCACAAACUAUACUACACUAGAUUCUCGUCUUGAUAAUUUUAUUUCUCUGUAUGAUGUAAAUAAUAGUAAAGUAUUAAGAGAA